AUGCGACAGACUCCGCUAGAUGGCACUGCCCGCAUUCCUCUCAACAGUUCCAAAGCCAUAGGCGUGGCGAAUUCUCGGGGCGAGAGAAGCUAUCAAGAGGACUUCUACGCUUGCUCCGCACUUUCUCUCGACCCCGAGGAGCUCCGUCUUAGCCUCAAGAAGGCACAUCACAUCGACUGGGAUCCCUCCGCGCUCCCGCCCUCACUCGCACGUCAGGUCCUCUUCGUCGGAAUAUAUGAUGGCCACGGCGGCUCUACUGUCUCUCAGUUUCUUCGCCAGGAGUUGCACGGCUUGUUUGAGAAUGUGCACAAGUCUCAGAUCCCAGAACUAUUCGAUUGGACGCUUGAGCUGGGGGGUUACUUCAGGCGGUGGCGGGGCGGGGCCCUUGCACCAUGGAUAGACCCCAAGUCGCCCGGCGCCCAGUCAGAGCUCGAUCUCGAGGCAAGGGCGACCCUCGCUUUUUUCGAGGUGGACAAGGCUCUAUUUGGUGAACACGCAGCGAGGGACUGUGGUGCUACUGCAUCAGUGGUUCUCUUGCAGUGUCUGGAUAACCCUGUCUCUCCUUUCUUCUUGGCUCAGGAACUCGCGCUGACUGUCGCCCACGUCGGAGACACUCGAGUCCUACUGACAUCAACUAAGAACGGGGACGUCAUGCCCAUGACCGAGAACCACCAUGCCGACACCCGUGUCGAGGCCAGCCGGCUGCGCCGAAUGAUGGGCAGUGGACAAUCCAUGGACUCGUUUGGUGAAAUACGGUGGAUGGGUGCCUUAGCCAAUACCCGCAGCCUGGGCGACUUGAAGUACAAGCGCUUCGGCGUGACACCGGAACCCGAGGUGCGGACCAAGCUGCUGAAUGGCCCUGAGUAUUCGCACAUCACUCUACUCUCCGACGGCAUCUCGUCUGUCUGCUCAGACCAAGAGAUUUCUGACCUAGUCCGGGGCUGCCCGACGCCGGAGUACGCCGCAAAGCGGAUUCUUCGCUACGCAGAGGACAUGGGCAGCGACGACAAUCUCACUGCUAUCGUCGUGCCUCUUGCGGGGUGGGGUGGGAUGACUGGCGAGGACCGUACGCGGGACUUGCGACAGUAUAGGCGGAAGCAGAUGGAGGGUUCGGAGAGGCAUAAGCCUCGGUGGAUGUAA